AUGAGCGUUAUGAGGAGCCACGUAAUCUUGCUUAUAUAUCAAAGUGGUUAAGGAGCUCAAUUAAAUCUUAUAAGAACUUUGAUGACUCAUUGGAGGGCUUACAAACCUUUUUCAGAGAUACAAAGCAACAGCAGACUUUGGAAGAAGACUCCGAUGAGGUUAAUGGUUUAAAUGGCAGCAGAGAGAAAUAUGAGCCUUUUAAGUCAUCAAAACAGGUGCCUCCAACGAAGGAGAAUCCGAAAAUUAAGAACGGCAAUCACAUUGAAAAAAAUAUUGACUCAGAUAAGAAGACACUAGUCAAGAUCAACCAAUUCACAACCACAUCAACUUGUUUAGGCAAUGAUAGUUCUCCCGGCUUCCAGCCACAAACUCCUAUUGUUACGAGCAAGACUGGAGAGACAAAUGAGAAAAUUUUGAACCGCUACAUUAACAAUGAUUCUGAAAAUAAAUCUCUCAAGCAUUUCAGAUCUCAAUCAUUAUCUCCUGGAAACAGUCCAGAUUUGCCCAUGGUUAUUGAUAAAGGUCUCAAAAACGCUGGGUGUGAUACUUCUCGGGUGGAAAAUUUCCCAAUUAUCCAAGAUUUACAUCAGCUUUCAGAGUUACCAGUCUCAUUAUCAUGUAAUAAAACGAAAAAUGGAUUAGCUCCACAAAUUGUUGGCAAAUUAUCAGUUACUUCUGAUAAAUCAGCAACUGCAGUCACUUACGAUCCAGAAUCGGAAAAUUUAGCAAUUUUCCAACACUUUCAUCAAUUUCCAGAAAUACCUUCUUCCUUGUCAUGCAGUGCAACUGCAGAUAAAUUUGCCUAUCAGGAUGCUGGCUUGUUAACAGUUACACCGGAAAAAUUAGCAUCUCUAGAACCCUCUGAUGUCAAACAAGAUCAACAUUUUGUUAAGAGCGCGAGCUCUUGUAAUCAAAAGAGAAGAAGGUUGAAGGUCAUGCAGAACAGUAGCUAUCCUGAAAUGCAGUGUUCAAAUUUAUGUUUUGAUGAACACACUGCUCAGUUUGCUCUUCCCAGUCGCAUCAAUAUGGCUACAAAUAUCAAUCAAAGAACUGAAUUCUCCUUUCAGGAUAAUGUGAAAGAAAAACUCGAGUCAUUUAGAUUCGUAAAUCAGGAUAUCCCUUUUCCAUCUUCUAAUUUUCACAAUGAAAUGGAGCUCCAUGUUUGCUGCUCAUCCUGCAAAAGUCCUCUGGGCUUGCCUGAGAACGAAUUUCUUGUUAAAAGCCUUGUAACAUCAUCAUCAAAACUCUUUUUGACAUAUAUUCGGACUUAUGGAACUCGAGCUUCUUUUAUGCCCGAGCAUCUUUCAAAGACUCUGCCGACAGUCAUAAAUGUCCUAAUCAUAAAUGUCCUAAGCUCUAAAAUUAUGUUCAUCAAUGAGCUGAUUAUUAAGGGGCAUGCGAAGGAAAAUUUCUCAAACCAUGGUGUAUGGUGUAAGGAAGAUGGUUGUGUAUUCAAGGCCGUCUUUUGUCCCUUUUGUAUGGACCAUGAUACUUGCCUUGGUGUCCAUGUGUUAGCAACUGACGACUCAAAUUUUAACUUACAAAACAAGGUUCUAUUCUAUGCUGAUUGCCUCUGCAUCAGGGAACCAAAAGCAUUUGAUGAGAGAACUCUGACCAAAAGUGGAAACCUUUGGAAGUGUUCGGAUCAUCUUCAAAAUGGGAGUUUUACUUGUGAAGAUCCGCUGGAAAAACCUGCUUUUGAUACGAAGCAAAAGCCAGCUGCAAUUAUGAACAAUACGGACACACCGCAGUCCUUCCCAGUUGAAAAUGAGAAACAUAACUUGAAAGCUGCAAAUAAGAAGAUUGCUUCCAGUCCAAAGCAAAAUCCGGUUGCUCCUUAAACUACCAAAACGUCAAUAAAAUCCCUCAAAAAACGAAGAAUCCAGCCUUUAGAUGCUGAUUGGACUGCCACGUGUUCAUAUUACACUCCAACGAAGUCAUAAAAAUAGGUAUUUAUAAAAUCAUUCUAAUCAAUGCAAGCAUACAAGGCCCAUCAAUUAUUCUGUUCAUUGCAGUUAACCUUUGCUAUUACUCUUGAACUUUUGAAAAAUAAGGGUUAGCUGCUGCUUCUCCAAACGUUUAAGC